ACUGGAGAGGAGCGGCAACAGCAGGUCUUCCUGUAGGAGAAAAGAAACCGAAAGAAUAAAUAAGAGUUCAGAGCAGAGAUCGUUGGUGGAAGGUUCCUGUCACCAUGUCAUCAGACGAGGAUUUCUCCCUGGUGGUGACCUCAGAGAAAAAUCAAGACACCAUGGAGGGAGUCCAGGCUUUACUGAAGGACUACCAGAAAAGUUAUUCACAGAUCAUGGAGGACCAGAAGGAGCUGACGGUCUCCAUCGCAGAAGCUCAGGAUAUGACCAAAAAAUUCAAGCAACGCACGGAAAAACUGACAGAGGAACUGAAAGAGGACGAGAUCGCCUUCAAAGAGCAGCUCACCAGUGAUAAGGCUAAGGUGGAUGCGCUGCAGCGGGAGGAGAGUGACCUGAUGGAGGAGUUACUGAGGAUCCAGGCUGAAAUCAAGGAGGAAGACUCCCAGAACGCCCAUCUGAGGGCGCGGGCGGACGUGUUCACCAAGAUGCCAGAGAAGAAGUUCGUCUUCUCGGGGAAGACGGGAAACGCCAACGACAAGGAGGAGUUUGAGAUGAAGCCGCACAUCACCUACCCGAUGGAGGAGGGAACGGCGCUCAUCACGUUCGAGGAGGAGGACGUGGCGAUGAACAUCCUGGAAAAGAGGAAACACAAAGUGGACCUGGGCGGAGAGUGCAGCAUCACGGUGGAGGCCCAGCCGGUCCACCUGAUGAUGCCCAGUCUGGUGGAGAUCGACACCGACAUCUGUCCCCGCCGGGUUCUGAUCUCCAACCUGCCCAAGAUGGACACGGAGACCCUGCAGAACAAGCUGGAGAUCCACUUCUCCAAAUCCAAGAACGGAGGCGGGGAGGUGGACGCCUGCGAGUUCCUGCCGGACUCUGGGACGGUGGUGGUCACGUUCGUGGAGGAAAACAUUGCAGAACGUUUGGCACAAACCGAGCACCACGAGGUGAAGCUCCACAAAACCAAGCACAACGUGAGAGUGACUCCUUUCAUCAACGGGAAGAUCACAAACCUGGAGACCAGAACCUCCAUGUGUCCUCGCACCGUCCUGCUGACGGGAAUACCAGACGUCAUGGAGCAGGAGACGCUGCAGGACAUGCUGGAAAUCCACUUCCAGAAAAACGGCAACGGCGGCGGCGAGAUCGAGGCCUUCCUGUACAACCCGCUGGGUCAGCACGCCGUGGCCGUGUUCGGCGGCGUCUCCUCCGCCGACCAGGAGGACGAGUAGACGCCGCCGCCCCAGAGGAGAACCGCCCAGGGAUCCGUCUGCUGAGUUCCUGACGGUUCUCCACAGAACUCUGCUCAGUUAUCAGGCAUUUCUGGCAAUAAUCAGAACGGUGAGGGAUUCUUUAAAGGCCAAUAACUUCAUGGAUGAGGAGAAAUGUUUGAUUGCCAAACCUUUAGAGGAAAAGCUCUCGUGUUUGGAUCUAUUUAGAUUAUCAGUUUUAUCACACAUGCACACAUGUAAAUGGUUCUGACAUUAAAUUAUCACCUGGGAAAUUACA